UGUCUCUCUCGCUCUCCGCCGUUCCCAUCCCCUGUCUUCCGAACAUGUCAGCGUUUGCCAACAAGUCGUAGGCGUUCAGUCUUGUGACGAUGCUGCCACUGUGGUUGUGUGGAAGACAUAUCGAAGGCGGCAUCGACCAUAUCAUCUCCCGUGCCCCUAAUGCGUGCACGAGUUGCUGUAGCACUUGCUCCAUUCGUGCUUUCAGACUAGAUGCCAAUGGUCGAUCCUGUACGCGCAUCGGUAUCAACAUGCGUAGAGAGAGCAUACCUGCUACGGUGACGAAUCAGGGUUCAAGCAUUUUGAGAGUACAGCUGUGAGAGCUGUGUGUGCUCGGCAGCCAUGGGUGCCCAGAGGCUGCACCAGCCGCUCUCUCGUUUCACUCAGCGGCAGCGUGAUGCGUGCAUGCGUCGUUUCGAGAGGCAAGAUUUCGCGGCAGACGGGUUCAAGAGUGAUUGGAUGGGCACGGAAAAUUUGUCGGUCUAUGUUGCGUGCUUGUACAAUUUGCGCACCAGGUGGAGGUCGAACCGCAAAACUAUCCAAGUGGGUGGUGUGCACUACCCUACGUUGAUCGUGUCGAAUCAUCUGUCUCCGCCGGUGUCGGCAAGCAGUGCUCAGUGGUGUUGGCUCGAUAAUCGCGGCGAGCCUAGCGGUCUGGAUGCCAAGCUUUGCUGCGAUACGCAGACCUACGGUGCAAGCGGUUUAGAGAGUUGUUGGGACGGCUAUUUCACAUUCGAGCUCUGUUGUCGUGGGAAUGUUGAAUUGUACGAGCUGCCCCACUUCUUUGUCGCUCCAGCGAUGGAUGUCAAUGUAGGUAACGCGGUGAGACAGCUAGGCACAUUCGAUUUGGGUCAGUCCUAUGCACUGCAGACACUUUGCCACAGCGGUGACACUGUAUUGGAUAUUGGUGCCAAUGUCGGGGGAUUCACUGUUCCGCUUGCUGAGCGUGUUGGGCCGCAAGGCAAAGUGCACGCUUUUGAGCCCUUUCGAAAAGUGUUCCAGCAUCUGAAUGCCAACGUGGCGCUGAAUGGUUUGACAAACGUUUUCACACAUCAAGUUGCUUUAGGAACAGAGCGCAAGACGUUGGAGAUUCAUGCCCCUGAUCUCACCAUUUUCAAUUUUCCAUCCGCUAUUAGAGUUGUGGAGCAGCUGCGUCCGGAUGAUGCUGCCCGAAAUGCAAACUUGAGAUACGAGAAGGAACUCCAAGAGAUAGAUGUGAGGCCGUUGGACAGCUUCCAAUUUGCAGGCAGCAUUCGUCUUAUCAAGAUAGAUGUUGAAUUCAUGGAGCUCCAGGUGAUCCUCGGUGGCCGAGACACCAUACUGCGGCACAAGCCAGUGAUUUGGGUAGAGAACGAGCCAUUCUUCGAUGACCCUCCUGACCGAACGCUUGUGAACAUGAUGUCCUCUGAGUUGGGCUACGAGUGCCGCCCAGUAGCGAAGCUCGAGCUACUUUGCGUACCUGGCGACUAUGGCGAGGGCCAGGGGAAGCUGCCCCGUGGCUUCCACAGAGUCUUCCGGCACCUCACAGGACAGGCCCAGGAUGUGAAUCUCUGGGGAGCCUUGGCCGAAGUGGAUGGGCAUUCCUAGAAUGAGUAAUCUUGAUGUUAUAACACUCGGUGGCAUGGCAGCUUGCGAGACCGCCACGUCUGGCAUCAUAGUGGAUUGGCCUUGCGAGCACUUUUUUGUGGUCAUCUGAGGGUGCGGGAGAGUGCAAAAGGUUCUUCGCUCUAGCGCAUACGACCUCGAGUGAUCAUAUACGUCUUGCCCAUUGCGAGUGAAUCUGCUACCUCUGGUUGGUUCCGCAGCCAGAUUCGUUCGAUGAGCCCUCGUGGCUGCAAGUCUUGCCUCAACGCGUAGGUCUGUUUCAUUCAGUGAUGAUGUCAUUAUCGCUUGUUGCACCUGUAUUGUUUUGACAUUGUUGAUGCGUCUUCUGGUUUGCAGGAUUGAGUCUGUUCCACCGAGGUCUAAUUUCGUCUGCCCACGGGGCUUAGGUGGCAGUGUAUUUCCAUCCCUCCAGCUUCCUCGGGGAACACCUCUGGUUUGUGGGGAUCCCCCCAAGUCACCGCUUCCGUGGCUCGCGCUUGGCUUCAGUCUUCUUUCACAGUACGGUUGCUUACGUCUUUGCCGCCUUAACGUUGUUCUGGCUCACUUAUUUUCGCCUAUCGCUUGUAUUCAGCAUCGACUACACUUACCUUGCCAGUGCCAUUAUUUCACAUACCUUCAGCUUCAUUUAUCUUAUAUGCAUAGUUUCCCGAUGGCUUACUCAUCGUUUCCAAAUGAGCUGGCCUUCAGCUCGCUUGCAGCAUAUAUUGGGCUUUCCUGUAGCCAGCGUUGAUCUUGUCGUUCGCAAGUUGGCUUGAUUGCAGUUGUUGUACAUCGAUUUCCUUUUAGAUUGCCUGCAGCUUGCCUUUGAUUCUCCAAGCAUUGCUUCCACUUAAG